UUGUGCAAUAAAAUAUAUUCGCGAUUGCUGUGUUGCGACAGUUUAAAAUACUUAUUUGGUUGGUAUUAAACUUGACCGUAUGUACCUUACUGUGUAGUGUGUACAGGUGUAUAGUUUAGUGACAGGUACCUGUUCUCAAAAACGCUGAAAUGAAAGUCCUCUUUUCGGUUAUUUUUGUUUCUAUUCUUUGCAGUGUUCACAUAUUCAACGCUCCGUUUUUUGGCGAUGGUGCUCCCAUGAAAGACAACUCCGAAUGUGUUAAAAAUGAUAAAGAAGAAAAAAGGACCUAUGGUGGAUAUGGAGACCCUAAGUGCUUGAAAGGUUAUGGAAAGAUAAACGAAAAUACGAACGGUGCAGAAUCCAAAAACGAAUAUAAGAAAGAAAACGAAGUUCGAGAAUAUGAAGAACGUGAAGAACGUGAACGUAAAGAACGUGAACGUAAAGAACUUGAACGUAAAGAACUUGAACGUAAAGAACGUGAACGUAAAGAACGUGAACGUGAAGAACGUGAACGUGAAGAACGUGAAGAACAUGAACAUGAACGUAAAGAACGUGAAUAUGAAGAACGUAGAGCACGUCAACGUAGAGAACGUCAACGUAGAGAACAUGAACGUAGAGAACGUGAAAAACGUAAAGAACGUGACAAAGGUCACGAACACAAACCAUCAUAUAUAUGAAUAGAUGAGUAGGUAUAGGAUCUUGUUAUGCAAGUACAUACAGUAGACUCCCGAUUAUCCGCCCUAAUUGGGGCUGAAGGUCUGGCGGAUAACGAAAAUGGCGGAUAAUCCGAAAUAACGUUUUCAGGGAAAUUCGUUUCGUUCUGGUGAAAUUUAAAAAAAAAUUCCAGCUAAAAAACGAAAAAAACAUGAUUUUUUAGAAAAAAUUUGAAAAAAUGAGCAGAAAUGAGAAAAAUAUGCAUUGAAACGAGUAAAAAGAGCAAAAUAUGCUGAAAUAUGUGCUAAAAAAAGCCAAAAUAUGCAAAUAUUUAUGCAUCCGCCCUCAGUAGGUCGGAUAACCCGGAGGGAAGGGCGGUUGAAAUUGGGUCGGAUAAGCCGAAGGGCGGAUAAUCGAAUGGCGGAUAAUCGGGAGUCUACUGUAUUACUAAUUAGGUACCUGUUAUGAAAAUAUAAACUUGCGCGUUUCCUUUCAAGCUUCCAAUUCGCAAAAAUUUUCAAGCGCCGAGACUUGUAAGUUACAUAGGUAUCAGUUUUCAUCUAUUUCACAUCAGGAGUUGCGCAGGGUAUUCGACAUUCUUGCUGGUCUUGAAAAAUCCUGCGUUCUACAGUCCUGUACAAAUUCUGUUUUUUGGUAGAAGAUGAUAUUUUUUGUUUGAAUUAGUAUGGUCUUCUUAAUCUUAAUGCAAGUACAGUGGGCCCCGCUUAUUAUGGAUCCGCUUAAUAAAAUCACCCGUUUAAUGCAAUCAAAUAAGAUUAAAGAUAUCAAUAAUUCUCAAAACGGGUCGAAAAAUCUUUAAAAAGUACCUAUAAAAAUUUACGAAAUCCCAAUGAAUUUGAACCUUUUCGAAGAAGGCUCUUGUACAUUUGGUAAGUAUGAUGAUGAACUGCCUGAGGACGGAUUCUGAUUUUAAUCGUGAUUUUUGAGAGCGUAAAUGGUUUUCUAUCCUCGUCAUGAGGAAGCAAGUACUUUCUUUAACGCAAUUUUUAGGCAUUUUAGUAGGGCCUAACUUCAACUCUUUGGAAUCAAUGUUGGUGAUGGGUAUUGAAAGAUAAUGGCCUUAUAUUUUUCUCCUUUUUUUCGACCUCAACCAUGAUCUCAAAAUGUAUUUCUCCGGAACCUAAAAUUUCAAGUGCCGAAGUUCAUUUUCGGAUUUUUUCAAAUGUUUGAAAAUUCAAAAUAUUCAAUAAAGCUGCUAUUACAUAUAUAACGAACUUUCAACUCCUAGUGGGAAAAUUCAUUUCAUUUCCAUCGUCCAAAAAUGAAAAAUGAACACUUCUGAACCAUUCUGAAGCCUACGCCAAACUUUCAAUCUUCUCCAGAGAUUUCAAAUUAUUCUGAAAGGAGCAAAAAUGAUUAGUAUGUGUACAUAAUUUUGGCCUUUCCUGAGCAAUUUUAAAUACCUACCUACUUGGAAAAACUUGAAAACUGCCUAGUCCCUAUAUGCAAGCACAAACAAUGCCGUUUGAUUAUUAUUUCAAAAAUUAACGAUUUUGGGAUAAAACACUUAGAACUUUUUUCACUCUUUGAAGUCGGCUCUCUCUAAUUGAAUGCUACCAUUAUUGAGCCGAUCUGUAGCCUCCAGCAAAAAUCAAAUUUCGCUCCGGAAGGUGUUGUAUAAUCUUCAUCAGCAGCUGAGAAUUUAAUUCUGUCAUCAGUUCGAUGGAAGUAGAAGAAUUUUGUAGUCUUUUCUUACAAAAAUUCAUUACCAUUAAAAUUGUUUUGUUUUUUGAAUUUGAGUUUUUCGACUUAAAAAAAUACUUACACUUUCCAACCCGUCAUCGCAUUAUUUGUGGUUCACUUUUACCCUAACUGAACCAAGAAGUAACUUUUUUGCAGCUCAAGUUUAUCACGACGCUUUCUGGAUCUGGAUCGAUUCGAAAUAGUCGAAUGAAAGUCACCUUUUGCUGAAGGUUCCAGUUCAGUUUUAAAAUGAUGGCUACCGAAUUGUGGGUCGGCUUAAGAACAUAAAAAAAGUUUGAACUGGUUUUUUUUCAACUAAAAUUAACAAUUUUGAUUUUUUUCAAUUCAGGAUUUUUACUUUUCAACUCGUCAUCUCGAAUUUAUGAUUCAGUUGCCCUAAUUGAUUCAGAAUAUCGAACUUAUGGCAAAACUGAACUAUUACUCAGCUGCGGAAAUUGAUUCCAAUACUUUCUAGAACAGUUUGAGAAUGUGGUAGAAAAAUAAUCUUUUGUUAGGAGCUUCCGAUUGGAUAGAAAAUUUGAAGUUAUUGCUUACUUUUUUUGUUCACAAAUUUUCAAGAAAAAUAUUAAUGAAAAUGCUGUUUUGUAGCAAAGAUAGUCAGAAAACUUCACUUUUUUCAAAAAUCACCACAAUAAAAAGUCUUGAUUUUUUUCCAAAAAGUUUCCAUUUCUCGACAAAAAUUGCGAAAAAGUAGAUAUAAGUUACCUUAUUGCCAAUAAUUUCCAAACCAAACAGUCUUAUUUUUUACAAAAAUUACAAAAGUUUUGUCUUUUUUUACAAAAAUUUGUCUUUUUUGCAUAAAAAUCCUACAAGUCUCACUAUUUUUCAACAAUUGUCCAAAAGUCCCUCAUUUUACUGUUUCAAGGAGGCAAAAUGUUCCGAGAGAGAAAAACAGUAAAAAAGUAAUAAAAUUAAUUUUAAAAGAUUGUAUUUUCAUUUUUCUAUAAAUGACGACGUGAAAUUUUCCAUUUUCUAUUGAACACAUUAUGUUUUUUUGAAAUUCCCUCUUGAGGGCAGGUGCGGCGGGGUUUGUUUCAUGUAUUUUUAUUUGAAAUUUCUCGUCAUAAAUGCUCAACUUUGUCAUUUCGAAAAUAUUUGCCAAAAAUUUCAAAGAUCCGAAGUUCAGAUUUUUUGAAUGCUCAAUUUUCAGAAGCUUGUCGAAUUUUGGCGCUAUAUUUGGAAAUUUGAAAAAAUU